AUGGUGCACGGUACGCUGGAGGUUCUGCUCAUCGGGGCCAAGGGCCUCGAGAACACCGAUUACCUGUGCAACAUGGACCCGUACGCAAUUCUCAAAUGCCGCUCGCAGGAGCAGAGGAGCAGUAUUGCAUCAGGCAAAGGGAGUAGCCCUGAAUGGAACGAAAACUUUGUCUUUACCGUGUCAGACCAAGCUACAGAUCUAGUUAUCAAGCUCAUGGACAGCGACUCGGGCACAGCGGACGAUUUUGUUGGAGAAGCAACGAUUCCUUUGGAAGCAGUUUAUACGGAAGGGAGCAUUCCACCGACAGCUUAUAAUGUUGUGAAAGGUGAACACUACUGUGGAGAAAUCAAAGUUGGUCUCUCAUUCACCCGUGAGGAUGUUCGCGAGCGUGGUCUUCCCGAGGACUUCGGUGGAUGGAAACAAUCUCAUUGAGCAGACUGGAGGAACAAUCGCCCUUGAAACACCAUCUCAUGCAAAUACAAUAAACUCAGUCAGUUUGUUUUUCU